ACUACCGAGUGCUACUUCCAACACUGCAGGUCACAGAAUCUGAUGGGUAACCAAAUACGGUGAAACACCUGUUAGCUUGCGUUAGCUAACCAGGUUAACGCUAACGUUAGUUGACUAGGUAAAUAACGGUUGUUAGCUGAUGGGUGUCAAAACAAAACAAGUACGGUGCCUGAUCGUUGCAAGCUUUUAUUUCGAGUGCCCUCCCCGGAAACCGUGCAUGUGACUGUGGCUAACUUGACGCUGAUGUCUGCCCACAGACUCCAACUGGAGCGAUACUGGAGAGCAGCAACUGGUCCGUUCGCCUCGCCGGUGCUGCUGCUGCUGCUGCUGCUGCGACACCUACAACCGACGGAGGAGAACAAGCUGACUGACGCGGUUCACGACUAAUUUCGUUGGAAUAACGCGGCACAGAGCUGUUUUUUUUAUUUUUUAUUUUUACACAUUUUACAGCCUUUAAUACUUGGAGAGCAGAGCUUCUUCGCCAAUGGCAAGUCCGGUUGCAGACAUAGGACAGUCUCAUCAGCAUCACCCUGUGACCGAGUCGGCCGCAGACUCCGCUUUUCAAGAGGCGCAGAAAUGGAUCGAGGCUGUGACAGGAAGAUGCUUUGGUGACAAAGAUUUCAGAGGAGGUUUGGAGAACGGGAUACUGCUAUGCGAGUUGCUGAGCUCAAUUAAACCCGGCCUGGUGAAGAAAAUCAACAGACUUCCAACACCUAUAGCUGGACUGGACAACUUGAGUGUGUUUCUGCGUGGCUGUGAGGAAUUGGGACUGAAGGGCUCCCAGCUGUUUGACCCUGGAGACCUGCAGGACACGUCGACACGCCCCACCGCCAAGGGAAGUGACUGCAGCCGAAAGCUAAAAAAUGUUCUAAUCACCAUCUACUGGUUGGGUCGUGCUGCCAACGGCUGUACCUCCUACAACGGGCCCACGCUGGACCUGAAAGAGUUUGAGGGCCUGCUGUCACAGAUGCGAAAGGAGGUGGAGGAGGCAGAGAGCCCUAAACGCAGCAUCCGGGACAGUGGCUACAUCGACUGCUGGGACUCUGAACGCAGUGACUCUCUCUCCCCGCCACGCCACGGCCGCGAGGACUCGUUCGACAGCCUGGACUCCUUCGGCUCACGCUCACGACAGACCCCGUCGCCAGACGUCCUGGUCGCCCGCGGCAGCAGCGAUGGCCGCGGCAGCGACUCAGAGUCCGACGGCGCCCCCCACAGGAAGAUGCCAGACGUCCGUAAAGACGACAUGUUGGCACGGCGGACCUCAGUCAGCGAGCCCCGAACCGCCAUGCCCUUCAACCAGUACCUGCCCAACAAGAGCAACCAGAGCGGAUAUGUGCCAACCCCACUACGCAAGAAGAAGAACGACAAAGAGGAUGCAGGACGCAAGAGCUGGAGUACUGCCACUUCCCCUAUAGGGGGAGACAGACCUUUCAGUCUAAUUGAGGUCCCCAGCAUAGUCGCCCCACCUCCAGUGUCCCCCAGUCUGUCCCCCACCCUGCCCCCUGAACCCCAGACACAGAUUGAGAAGGAGAGCCAGAGGAAAGGGGAGUGGACUCCCUCCACAGCUUGCAUUGAGGUCCAUACAGCAGGCUUGAGGAGGAGCAGUGAGCCUCUACCCUGUAGCCUCCCCCAGCCCUAUGCAGAGCCCCCCAGUGAGGCUGUAAAUCACCUGACGGUCACCUCUGAGCAAAGUACUCCAGCUCGCUCGUGCUCAGAGGAACUCUUCCACCAUCCGUCGACCCUAGCGGCAAACGCUACGGCAGCAUCUGCGGUUGCAACAAGCCCCCUCAACACAUCUGGGAAACAUCCACCUGUGACAGACCGAGAGGAGGCAGGAGCGAAGAAGGGAGACGUCGGUGCCCCGUCAGUCGCAGAUGCAGACGAUAAGCGGGCCCGUCGUACGCUGACGACACCCAAACACGUCACCAUCCCGAGCCCCUCUCACUUCCUUCCUGUGCCCGCCGCCAUGGCAACCACUACAGCUGCACCAACGGAUACAGGACGACGGAAGGGAAGGGCGCUGAGUGAAAGUGACAACCCACAAGGAGGGACAUCUUGGUUGGACAGCAAUCUUCCAGCAACAUUCAGCCACACAGAUAGUGUGUCAGGUGACCCACAGAGUGUGAGUAUGAUCGACAUGCGUGGUGAGGAGGAGGCCAUCUUGCAGCCCCACAGUCAGGUGCGUCAUGAACUGAUGCACAACCAGUACAACAGGAUGAAGGAAGAGGAGGAUCACUGGCAGGAUGACCUGGCCCGAUGGAAAAAUCGAAGGAGGAGUAUUUCCCAGGACCUGAUCAAGAAGGAAGAGGAGAGAAAAACGAUGGAGCGGUUGAUGACAGGAGACGGCUGUAUCUCCCAAAGGAGGAGAAGCAUCAAAACCUACAGAGAGAUAGUGGAGGACAAGGAGCGUCGUGAGGAGGAGCUGCGGGUGGCUUACAGGAGAGCCAGAACCCCAGAGGAGGCGUCUAUCAUCCUCCAACGUUACGCCCAGCGUUUCUCCAUCAGCGAGUCAGUGCUGGAACGCCUGCAGCUGCCAAAGCUCCUGGACCGCAGCGUAUCCGCUGACCCCUCCUUCCCUUGCUCACCCUUCCCCCUCUCCCUGUCCUCCUCCCCAACGACCCCAGAACCCUUUGACACGGACCCCAACGGGCCCAUGAGGUAUCUGCGGCAGCAGUCCGCCCCGGCUCCAAAGUUCACAUCUACACUGGAGGCGCGAAUCGAGGAGUUUCCCAAAGACUCGUCCGCGCACCACCGGCCCCAGAUUCGCUCACACUCGUCUGAGCCACCAUCUACCCGAGCCCUGUCGCCCAAACCGGUGCCUUUGCUGACACCCAAGCCUUACUUCCAGCCCCGGCCCGCAGUGGCUGAACCAUGUCCCAGCAAGGCGGAUGGUUUGCUCCGAGUCAAUGGCAACAUAGGAAGUGACGAUGUUCCCACCACACCUGAGAGUCAAGGAAGGGAAUCCCCUCCUCAUUUCCAACCCUCCCCCUCCAAAACCAGCAACAGCACUGUGGACGCUCCCUCGUCAGCAGCCUCGCCCACACACACUACACACACCUCCGCCGGAGGAGGAAGCCCAGUGUCAACAAAGGCCGUGGAGGCAACGGGUGGCACGGAGUCGUCAUCUGAAGGCAUCAUCGAAGAAGGGAAAGUUAUACAGCAUUCAACGCCACCGAGCAGGCCCACCUCACUCCCAACGGAAUUGCAGAAACCAGAAGAAAGCUUCGUGCAGAGUGGAGGUCAGUCAGCAGCUGCUCCAGAGGAGGAAAAGUCAAAUGCUGCAGAUCAACAACCACCUGCAGAAACUAAACAAAAACAAGAAAAGACUGAACUAAAAAUCUCCAACCUUGAGCAGUCAGGAGUCAGCACACAAGAAAGUCAGCCAGUAACCUCACAGCCUUGCAGUUCCCUGGAGUGGUCACAAAGAAAGGAGAAUGUACCAAUUUUAGCUGCUCUGAGAUCAUCUGGAUACGACCCGCCAAGCGAAACAACAGAAGAGGAAACGGAGAAGGAUCGCCGUGGCAACGUGUCAGUCCCGGUGUUGCCUCAGGCCAGGCGGGGUGACCGCUGGUCUUGGGACCCGGAUGAGGAGCGAAAGCGUCAGAAAAGGUGGCAGCAAGAGCAGGAGCGCAUGCUGCAGGAGAAGUACCGGCGCGAGCAGGAGAAGCUGAAGGAGGAGUGGGAGAAAGCUCAGAGGGAAGUGGCAGAGGAGGAGAGGAAGUACCAUGAGGAGGAGCGUAGGAUACUGGAAGAGACUGUGACGCCUCUGACUCCCCGUUCAUCAGCCCUGCCCUCCCCCAGCCGGGGGGAGCUCUCCUCCACCUCGGAGCCUCAUGACACCAUCGUCCGCUCACUCGCCGACUGGGAACGCAAGCAGGAAAUGCUGGAGAGGCAGUCGAGGGGAAGCACAGAGAGCGUGGAAUGGAAACGAAGAGAAAACGACAGGACCAGUGACAUCAGCACUGCUGACGACAGCAUGAAAACAGGCAGAAGCUCGGUGAGUCAGAGCAGCAGUCAGGUUGAGAUGUUCGGCCACAGUCUGCAGAACGGCCAAAAGCCUCCCUCGAUGCCGGCCAAAACCUCGACUCCAGUCAAGAAACAACAAGAUCUUACAGCAGACAGCAACAAGCCCAGCCGGCCUUCAGGAGACCGCAGGAGCAGCCCCAUUGAUAAUAACAUGGGCCGCAGCUCAUCGAAGCCCCCCGCAGCAUGUCCACCACCUCCAGACACAGUGCCUCCAGCACCCAAUAGGUCCGUCAGUGGGAAGAAGCUGUGCUCCAGCUGUGGGCAGCCAUUAGGGAAGGGGGCGGCAAUGAUCAUAGAGACCCUCAGCCUCUACUUCCACAUUCAUUGCUUUAAGUGCGGAGUGUGUAAGGGACAGUUAGGCGACACGACCACGGGGACGGACGUCCGAAUUAGGAACGGCCUCCUCAACUGCCACCAGUGCUACAUCCGCUCCCGCUCGGCCGGACAGCCAACCACGUUGUGACGCUCGACAGAAAAGCACAAGGAAGAAAUCUCAUCCCUGUUUAACCAGAUUAUCUGCAAAUCAUGUCCUUCAAAGCGUGUCGGGAUAUUUGCAUCCUCCGCAGCUCAAUAACCAACGAAGACUCAUCAUGUGGGCCAAAACAGAGAUCUGGGGACAGUCAAAAAAAAAAAAAAAAAAAAAAAAAAAUUCUUUGUGUGUAUGUCACCUGAUAUGUGAGUGAAAUGAAUCAAACUCUGGAUUUGAUUGGUCCUCGUAACAUCACACAGACUCUGUUUUAUCAUGCAGCGAGAGAGCGAGAGAGAGAGACUGUUCGGGGGGUUGGCGGCCAUUUUAACAUCCUUCAGUGAAAACAUUUACAGAUGCUUCAAACACAGGAAGGCUGUGUCAACGUCCUGUGUUGUCAAAAUGAACACGAAGAGAAUUCAACGGUGUUCGGGUCUCGGUUCAGAGAAGUAGAAUCAGAUUCUACUUUCCUGGUUUGGAAAAGAAAUGUGAAUAUUCACCAUUCAGUUCCAUUAAAUGGAAAUGCAGUAUAUCACAAUUACUUAAACGCUUUUUUAUCAUUUAAGACACAUUUUCUUAAUUUGGAACGAUGGAAUUAAAAGAAAACCGAACGUGGCGUCGAGCAGCUGAGAUUGGUAUUUUUAAUUUCUCAUAACAGGCUGGAUCUGAAAAAUAUGAAUAAUUUUAUGCCCCUUCAAUGAAGUGUGAGAUUAAAAACAAAAGGUUAUGAACACAGUUCAUUUAUAAAGAGCAAUAAAGGUCACUAUAAACCCCGUAUUUAGGUCCACAGACACAAUAUAUCCAGUAAAUCACUAUUUUUUGAUCCUUUAGCCCACACAGUGACCUCCUGUGUCUCUCAUUCUGUGCUCAAAAUAAAAUUAGCUUCUGAUAUAAAUACAUAUUAUGAAUGUAGUUUCAUCAUUAGGGCAAUAACAUGACUUGUGAGCUGUUUUUUGUGCUUUGGGUCACAUCAGGUUGUUCCUCGGCCAGCCUGUCAGCUUGGAAAGUCAGGACUUUAAUGUGCCUUAGGAAAGCAAGGUGAUGCAAGAAAGAAACACCAGCUGUAUGGUGUUUUAUUUCUUUUUUUUAUUAUUAUUAUUAUUAUUAAUUUUUUUUUUUUUUUGGGUGGAGGGAGGGAUUUGGCCAAAUUUGAACUUUUAAACUGCAGACUUUUAAAGGCUGCAGCCCUCCUUUACAUCACGCUUUACUUCAGUUGAUAAGUACUGUUUAUUUUCUCAUAAACAAACACCCUUAAUUCCGUUUUCCCCCUGUGAUUCCUCUGUGAUUUGCAGUGAUAAAACCAGUGCAAAGGAGUAAACUUGUUGUCUAUUUGGAAAAAUGCACAGUAUAGAUUAUAUACUGCAGGGGAAAACACUGAUUUAAUUUUGAAUGUUGUUUUAUUCUAGGGCAAUAUAGACUUCUGUAUGCUAUUAAUUGAGGUAAUUUUGAUAAUUGCUCAGUGGUAGGAUUCAUUCAUAAAAGUUUAAAAAAUAAAAAAAUAAACAAAAACAUAAAUAUCAUCAAUACAUGUUACAUCUAGUUAAUCAGCAGAGGUAAUAUGAACACACAUACCAGCAGUUGCACCUGUGCAAUAUUUGGUUGGAUGAAACUAAAGAUCUGUGCCGCCAGCUGGACAUUUUAAGUCACUUGCUUCUUUUUUUUUUUCUGAACUUGUAUGAGAAGAGCUCGGUUAUGUAUUGUGGAUGUAAAAAAAAAAAAUGCACGUUUAAGCCUAAAACCAAAUGAUUUGCUGUAUGAAAGCAAACUAGCAGCCUCCUCCUCUUCCUCCUCCUCCUCCUCCUCCUCCUCCUCCUCAACUGCGUCCUAUAGCCAAGCUUUUCCUCCGGGUUCAUUUCUCUGAUCUACAGUAUUUUUAAGCUUCUGUUCUAAUUGUGUAUUUUCUUUUUUUUUUUUUAUCCUCAUUUAGUUAAUGAAUAAAUCUCGGCUGAGUCUCUUAUAGCGGGAUCUUUGAGACGGAGCUCUAUAUUCAGACGGUCUUCUUAACAGGAUAGUUGGGGAAUGAAAAACCUUUUACGUCUGUUCUGUAUUUAUUGUAAUAUUCACCUGAACACUAUCCGAAAUAUAGAUUAAUUUGAUGUUUAAAUGCAAUGGCAUUUAUAGCAUACUGUAUGUUUAUAAAUAAAAUGUUAUAAA